AAUGUUAUUGGAAAUUCUGGUAACUGGAUCAAGUUCGAAAGUGUGACCGGAGUUUCUGUUAUUGGUGGAACCCUAGAUGCCCAGGAGGCUAAUUUGUGGGCUUGCAAAAGUUCCGGCAAGAGUUGUCCAACCGGAGCAACGACACUGGCCUUCUACAAUUCCAACAACAUCAUAAUGAAUGGAUUGUCUUCAAUAAAUAGCCAGAAGUUCAACAUUCUUGUUGAUGGAUGCCACAAUGCCAAGCUAGUGCGAAUAAAGGUUUCUGCACCAGGCAACAGCCCAAACAACGACGGAAUUCACGUGGAGGAAUCAACAGGAGUCACAAUUAUGAACUCUCGAAUUGGCACCGGAGAUGAUUGUGUCUUUAUAGGUCCCGGCACCUCGAACUUGUGGAUUGAGACCAUUGCAUGCGGCCCUGGCCAUGGAAUUAGCAUUGGGAGUCUAGGCUGCGAUUUGCAAGAACCUGGAGUGCAAAAUGUGACAGUUAAAUCAGCUACAUUUACAGGAACUCAAAAUGGGGUGAGGGUGAAGACAUGGGCCAGGCCAAGCAAUGGAUUCGUUAAAAAUAUUCUUUUCCAGCAUUUAGUCAUGGUUAAUGUACAAAACCCCAUAAUUAUUGAUCAGAAUUACUGUCCCGACGACCACAAUUGCCCCAAUCAGGUUUCAGGCGUGAAGAUUAGUGAUGUAACAUAUCAAGACAUACAUGGGAGUUCAGCAACAGAAACUGCAGUGAAAUUUGACUGCAGCAAAGGAAAUCCAUGCAGUGAUAUUACCUUGGAAGAUGUUAAGCUGACCUAUAAAAAUGAGCCGGCUCAUUCGCCAUGCAUUAACGCCAUUGGGAAGUCUUCCGGCUCAGUUGAGCCAAAUAGCUGCUUGUCUCUUUAGAAAAUUAUUUACAGUAUUCAUACUUAAACAAGAAUAUAGGCCAUAUACAUAAAUCGAGCUAUGGUAAGAAUAUAAUGAGUAAAGAAAAUUUGUAUUCGAUUCAAGAAAUCAAAGUUUUCAUAUGAAUGAUAGUUAAAAACAAAAGCUUUGUACUUGCUGUAA